UAUGUUUAAAUACAAAAUGGCUUAUCAGAACAUCAUUUUCCGUUGGAGUGUUAACGGGAAACAAUUCGAAUCCAAACCCACCCGCCCAACCAGACCCGAUCGGUUAUGAUUUACGAAAGAAACCCAAAACCCCCUGUAAGAAACUUUCUGCUUGCAUCCAGAAUGAGAAGCCUGCUUUCUCUAAUGCAUGAACGUUUUCUAUCAAGUAGUCCAUUUUCAUCAUCAUCAUUUGCAGUUGAGUGCCUCGUAAACUCAUGUGGGCUUCCCUCAAAAUCAGCUCUUGAAUUUUCCCGAGACUUCCACCUCCAUGAAAACAACCUCCAAAGCUUCCAAUCUGUAUUCCACUGCUUCCAGUCCCACAACAUUCCCAGCACCCGCAUAACCAAAUUGAUUAAAAGGCGGCCUCAGAUCCUCAAUUACAGUGUGGAAGACAACCUCAAGCCUAAACUCCAGCUCCUCGUGCAAAAUGGCAUCGUGGGUCAUCACAUGUGCAAGGUUUUCGUAUCAAAUCCGGUAAUUUUGAACGCUGACUUAGAUUCUCAAAUUAAACCAUGUUUUCAGUUUUUAAAGUCUGUUCUUGGUAGUAAUAGGAAUGUCGUAGAAGCUAUCAAUCGUUCUUCCAAUUUGUUGACUUGUGAUUUGAAGGGUUGUUUACAACCAAAUAUUGAUUUUUUGAUUGAAGAGGGGGUGCCUUUUGACGGGGUUGCUGAAUUUCUUAUUAGGGACGCAAUAACUGUACAGCACAAGCAUAAUAGUAUGGUCAAUGCAGUGAAUGAUCUUAAGAAUCUGGGAUUUGAUCCAAAGGCUCCUGUUUUUCUUGAGGCUGUUAGAGUGAGGAUUCACAUGAGUGAGUCAAUUUGGAAGGAGAAAAUUGAAGUGAUGAAGAGUUUGGGGUGGAGUGAAGGGGAGAUUUUUUCGGCUUUUAAGCGAGAUCCGAAUUUUUUAAAAUCUCCAGUGGAGAAAAUCAGGGUGGCGACGGAUUUCUUUGUGAAUACAUUGAAAUUGGGACGGGAAAUUUUAAGUGAAGAUCCUGAAUUUUUUACCCUUAAAAUUGAUAAAAGUUGUCGUAGGAGGUAUGGUGUUUUCACACUUUUGGAGUCUGAGAAGCUGAUCGAAGGGGGUGUGAAGAUUGAGGAAGUGCUCAAAAUGAGGGAUAAGGAGUUCUUGGUGAAAUACGUUAAGAAGUAUGUGGACAAAGUCCCAGGUUUAUGGGAGACAUUCAAUGGUAGGAAGCAACAACAAUCUUUACCCCGGUCGAACAGAGUGCUACAGCAAUGGGGAAAAGCAGCUCGUUGAGAGAAGGGAAAUUAUAAUUGAUGGGCUAGUGAAGAAACACCCACCAGUUCAUGCCCUGCCGAAGCAGCUAAAAUUGUUUCUGAUGACGAAGCUCUAUGCAUGAAGAAUUUUGGAACUGAUUGUGGUGUAGAUAAUGAACCGAUGGAUGCAACUUCUCAAAAGUGAUAUUAUUAGGAAUGUCAUCAUAGUGUACACUGAAUUCAAAGAAUUCACUGCGAUGUGGGAAUGAAGUGCAAGUUUUGGGGUAGCUUGUUGCUAGUUUAGAGAGACACCCCUUACGAAAUAAAUAGCAUCCCUUGUAAUCUUGCCAUAGUCUUUUUACUUGAGCAUACGAAUGCUAGUGCAAUUGUAGCUGCUGUAUAUGGGUGGGGAUCAGGAUUGUCAUCAAAUCCUCGGAUGGUUGAAUUUUAUUCUUUGUUUUUGAAAACAGCAAGUAACUUUAGCUCACAUGUUUUGUUUUAGGGGAAUGCCUAUGGUGCUUAAAAGAGGGUAGCUCUCUGCUCCAUAUUUUGGUGUUCAUAAAUUCAUUUUAAUGGUCUGUUUUAGAAGAGGAACGGUGGCCAAUGGCAUGGUGUUCAAGGUUGAUACUUGGAUUCUUAAAAGUGUCAUUUCAU